UGGCGGCACGCUCAAUUCUGAGUUGUAAUGAUUGCGAAAAGAUCUGAAAACGAAAAGGACACAUAGGGAAUUUUGAAAUUGUUAGAAAACCCUAACUACCCCCGAGCGCUAUGGUUUAAUUUUCCUCGCGCACCGUCGCGCACUUCUCUCUCUCCCUCCCUUCCAGCGACGCCGGCACUUCUCGCCAUUGUUUUGUCGCCGUCUGGCUACCUCAGGCCACGGCACCGGUCCCAAAAGGAUCGUCUCCUCCUCCUCUUCAUAGCCCAGUCCUUUUCCUAGCUCGAACAUCCAAGGUUAACCGGCUGUUUCGACUGGAAGUUUCGGCAGAAACUGUCGACGUCGCCGGCAAUGUUUCCGGCCACUCCAUUCCGUGCCACCACUUGGAGAGGAUAGAGGAGAUGUGAGCUUGGCAAGUAGGAACUUCACUUUCACUUUUGAGGCCUAUUCUCUUCUAACAUCUUUCUUGGCCCAUAAAAUCUUCUUUGGCCCGGUCACUUUUAACUUCGAAGUAUUGCCCAAUUGCUAAGCUUGUUUGUUUCUAGAGCCCACCAGUUCUCUUUUCAUUUUCUUCUUUUCCAUUUGAGAAAAACAAAAAAAUUAUAAGCGGAGAGCUGUUUUUGUGUUUGCAGUUGUUCUGUUUGAAGUUUUGGGUUUAGUAGGAGGGGAGGUUCGACGAUUGAUUAUGUUUGCUUCUAAAGUUUCAAGAAUCGGAGUUUCGAUACUCAAACAGCUCUCCGGAGGCAAACUCACAUCCAUAACCAGAGCAGGAUAUAAUACGAGUAGUUGUUACAACCAAUACUUGCAACCUCUGUCUGAAACUAAGUUGUUGCGGGGAGUCAUAUUUCACAAGCAUCAUCUUUUUUCUACCGUUAGUGCCAGCGAUUCUUCAAAUGAAGGGAUUGAGCAGAAAGAAAAGAUAUCUGUGACAUUUGUUGAUAAGGAUGGAGAUGAGAUACAUAUUAAGGUUCCUAUUGGAAUGUCUAUGCUUGAAGCUGCCCAUGAAAAUGAUAUAGAUCUUGAAGGAGCAUGUGAAGGUUCACUUGCCUGUUCAACAUGUCAUGUGAUUGUGAUGGAUAUGGACUAUUACAACAAAUUAGGAGACCCAACUGAUGAGGAAAAUGAUAUGUUGGACUUGGCCUUUGGGCUUACGGAAAGUUCUCGCUUGGGUUGUCAAGUGAUUGCAAAACCUGAACUUGAUGGAAUUCGUUUAGCUAUUCCUGCUGCCACCCGAAACUUUGCUGUUGAUGGCUAUGUUCCUAAACCACACUAGAGAUGCUAUAAUGCUUCUGGAAGAGUUGGUUGAGUGUUACGUGUAACAUUCCAGUUUUGUAACUCCUGUAUCUUAUUGGAACAAUGAGCACAACUUGAGUCCAAUUAUUUAUUUAUUUAUUACUAAUACUGAUUAUAGAUUUGCUGCUUAUUCACGAACUCUCUAACAUAAUAUUUACAGUUU